AUGCGGGCGUCGGCGCGGACGCCCGCGACGCCGGCGUCGACGUCGCGCGCGCGCGGACGCGCGUCGAGCGCCGCGAGAGGCUCGAACGAGGCGGCGGACGACGAGGAGACGGAGGAAGAGGAGAGCGCGGCGGCGAUCGUCGCGGUGGACGUCGUCGCGUCGCCGGAGUCGGUGUGGGCGUGUUUGGCGAGAGGGGAGAAUUUGUCGGAGUUCGCGCCGACGCUGCUCGUGGCCAAGCGCGGGCCGAAGCAAUACGGAUCGACGGAGACGGAGGUGCGAUUGCUCGCGAUGGAUUACACGCUGUUCACGCCGAGAAUGCUGAAUACGGUGAGCGUUCGGAUCGUGGAUAAGUCGAAGGGGCCACCGAACUGGGAAAACGGGCCGGCGAAGCUUGGAUUUUUGGCGAGAAACGUCGACGAGCGAAGCGAUUUCAUGCUCGUGGGAUCGUUUUGUAUUCGGCCUAUUUUUGGCGAAUCGUACAAGUGCAGAUUGGAGUACAGGGCUGAGUUGAGGCCGACAAAUUACGAAGUUCCAGCUGAUGUCCUGCGCAGGGCGGUGGAGGAGAGCUUCCCGUUCGUCAUCGCGAGCGUGACGAAGCAGGCGGUGAAGAGAGACCAACGACGACUGCGGUCGCCGGGAUUCCUGCCUCAGCUCGAGACCCCUUUCGGGGCAUCCAGGGAACUGGCAAAGAAAGCGGACGAUUCUUUAGUACCGAGUGGAUAUCUCGGAUUGAGUGAGGUCAACGUCCCGACGCAAAACUCGGAAUCGAGUCAAGACGAGGAGACGCCGGAUGCCUCCAAACCCGCCGCGGUGCGGAUGCGUCCGCGCGGCGAGACAGCCAAAGCCUCAGAGGCACCGAAGAGCUGGAGAGCUAUCGGUGGUGGUGCGCAAGGAGAGAAGUGGUUUUCAAGCGACAUUACCCCGUUUGAAAAUCCAGGCUCGCUCGAGGUGCACAUGCGACGGUACGAUACGGACAGUUUGUUGCACAGACGCGCGCUGGCCGCGGUUCGCAUCGAGGCGCCGCCGGCGUUGGUGUGGGAUUUGUUGACGAAUUACGAAAACAUGCCAAAGUUCAUGCCGCAUCUCAUGCACACUGAGUACAUUCAAAGAUAUAAUGCAGUCGAGCGUGAGGCGUCCGAAAAGAUCAAACGAUUGCGUCUCAGGCAAGUCUUCGUAAAGUGCGACCUCUUUCACGCCAUCGAAGAGUCGACGGCGCUGGACGUCGUGCAGAAGGACGACCGCACCGAGUUACAGUUUCGCGUGUUACAGAACCCGAAAUUCGGCGCGCUUCAAGGUAAAUGGCUCGUCGUUCCGACCGAAGACUCCGCAGCCACGGUGUUGAAAUUCGCCAUCGAGGGCGUUGUGAGCAAUGCUGGAAUAGAUGGGACGGCGAAAAAGGUGGACCCGCUCAACGAGCGCAUCGUGUUUGAAGAGAUUUCAACCAUGCUCAAACAAGCGAGAGAUUUCAUGGAAGGAAUUGCGAGUAAAGAGGUGCAGUCAUACGGGAACGUCAACAUCAAAGUCGCCGAUCUUGUGCUGAAAGGCGCUGGAAUGUCCGUCGACGAGGAAGACGCCGUCGACGAGCAAAUCGUCGGCGCGCUCAACUCUGAAGCCACUGAAAACCAAGAGAAACAGAUACAAGCGUUGAAGCGCGAACUUAUCACUCUCGGCUUCGGCGAGAACAAGUGCAUGCCGACGCGAGAACAGUUACGCGGCGGGCGUCACUGGGACGCCAUCCAGCAAAUCGAAAGCCUCGGCGGUUUCGUAAAGGUGGCGCAACUUCUAGAUUGGUCGGGCGCGAAGACGCGACCACGUGGGUAUUGGACACUGCGAACGUUGGAGUUGGAGAUCAAAGACUUCAUCGCCAACACAGAGGAUCCGAAUGUUCAACGGAACCCCCGAAGGAUGCCGUCUCAGAAAUCGUUGCGCGACGCCGGGCGAGCGGAUAUCGUCAAUGCGCUCAAGCGUUUCGGCGGCGCCGAGAAAGUGGCGGCCAGCAUGGGUCUCGAAUUCGGUAGCGGCAACAAACGUUCGUCCGCGAGCGCGCGCGGCGGCGGCGACGAUUAG